AUGGGAGGAGCCAAGGGUGGCAUGAAGGGCCUCCAGCAUCUGAUUCGCGACAUACGCAACUGCAAAGGGAGGGAGGGCGAACAGAAGCGCGUAAACAAGGAGAUGGCCAACAUACGAAAGCAGUUUACCGAGAACAAGAACCUGACGGGCUACAAGAAGAAGAAGUACGUCUGUAAGAUCAUUUACCUCUACAUGUUGGGGUACGACGUCGACUUUGGCCACGUGGAGGCCAUCAAUCUGCUCUCCUCCAACAAGUUCUCUGAGAAACAAGUCGGCUACCUGUUUAUCGGGGUGCUACUCAACGAAGAGCACCAACUGGUUCCCCUCGUCGUCCAGUCUAUCUCCCACGACUUGGCUGCGCGCAGUGAGUUUGCGCAGUGUCUCGCGCUGACGGCGAUUGCCAACAUCGGAGGCAAGCAAAUGGCCGAAGCCCAGCUCGCCCCCUCUGUCACGAAGCUGCUCCUCGCAAACACAUCGCCCAGCAUGGUGAAGAAGAAGGCAGCGGUUUGUCUGUUGCAGCUGUACCGCAAGUACCCGGACUUCAUCACUUCCGACGUGUGGGCCGACCGCCUCAUCAAGCUGCUCAGCUCCAGGGACCCUGGCGUGGUGGGCAGCUUGAUGAGCCUGCUCCUGGGCAUAGUUGAAAAGGACCCAUCCGGAUACGAGCCGUGCGUCGAAAAGGUCAUCGAGCUUCUGUCCAAGGUGCCCUCGCCCUCACCCUCCUUCGCCGAAGACUUGUCUAAUCCCGGUGGUGGGCGUAUGCGACAGAUUGUGCUGGAGAAGGAGUACCCGCGCGACUAUGUGUAUUAUAACAUCCCCAACCCGUGGCUUCAAGUCAAGUUGUUGCGUUUCCUGCGCUAUUUCCCCGCCACGCUCAAGAGAGAUCUCGGCAGGAAGCUGCACGACGUGCUCAACAACAUCAUGCUGUACGACGGCGUGCUUCCCCACCUCGUCUUGCCCUUGCUCCUCUCCUGUGGUUGCUCACCCGCAUUUUACCUCCUCACCAGUUCGGCCGAAAAGGUGGUCGCCAAAUCGUCGUUGUCGAACAACCACAAAAAUGCGCUCAAUGCAGUCCUGUUCGAGGCCAUCGAUCUCAUCCUUCACUAUCACACCGACAGCGAGUUGGUGAAGCAGGCUGCCCAGCUCCUGGGCCGCUUCAUCUCGCCCAAGGAAAGUGCUAAUAUCAGGUAUUUGGGGCUGGAGGCCAUGGGCAAGCUGGCGCUGUCCAUGAGCGAAGAGACUGGCGGUAUCAUCAAACGGCAUUUGGAAACGGUGCUCUCAUCUCUCAAGGACCCCGACAUCUCCAUUCGACGACGUGCGCUGGACCUGUGCUUCGGCAUGUGCGACCAAAGCAACAGCCAACGCAUCGUGGGCGAGCUGUUGAACUACCUGCUCCACGCCGAUUUUGAUAUUCAAGAGGAGCUGGCGCUCAAGAUCGCCGUCCUCGCCGAGAAGUUUGCGGCCAGCAACCGCACGUGGUAUGUGGACACCGUUCUUCGUCUCAUCUCCCUCGGCGGCAGCAACGUGCCCGAUGACGUGUGGUACCGCGUGGUGCAAAUCGUGACCAAUCACGAGGACAUCCAGGAGUAUGCCGUCAUGAAUGCUUUCAAGGUGGGUCUCGCCCUCAAGCACCCCUCAUGCGGCGAAUCCACCAUCAAGGUGGCGGGGUAUCUCCUGGGCGAGUUUGGCCAUCUCAUCGAUGACAAGCCUUCUUCCUCAGCUCGCGAGCAGUUCGAGGCCCUCCACCAGCGGUUCGCCACGUCAUCGGUGGCCACACGGGCCUUGCUGCUGUCCACCUACGCCAAGUUCCUCAACCUCUACCCGGAGGAGCUGGGCGCCCAGAUCACUCAGAUCCUCAAGCAGCAGGCCGCCUACAUCGACGCCGAAAUCCAGCAGCGCGCCUUCGAAUACCACGGCCUCCACCUCCUGCGCGACCCCGAGCUCAUGCAAACCGUUUUGGACGUAAUGCCCGCCUUUGCUGAAACCGACGACGCCGAGGAUGACGGUCGUCACGCCACCGACGAUGACGACGAGCCAGAAGUGACCGCCGGGCACCGUCCCGUCGGCGGCGGCGGCGGCGCGCCGGACUGGCUGCUGGACGGUAAUGACGCCGCCGGCGUGCCGCCACGCGACCCUCUGGGUGGCCUGGUCUCGGCCUUUGCUGGCGCUGCCAUCAGCCCCGCUCCCGUUUCGCCCUACCCCGCUGGCGGUGCUUUCAUGCCCCCUGGCUCCAGCGGAGCUGCUGUUCAGCCGGGCGGCGGCAGCCCCUUCCACCCCCAUCCCGCGUCUCCCCAGCACCAGCAGUCGCCUCCUUCACCACUGGCCGGUCCGUCGUCUCCGCUUCAGUCCACCGAGCCCCUCUCGUCCGGAAUCCCGACCCUUUCGCCGCUGAUUCCCACAGAGUCGGAGGCCCCUCAGCUGGUGCCCAAGAAGAGCAAGCCCACCGGUGCCGAGCUCAUGGAGUUCUUCAAGCUGCUGUGCAUCAACGCCGAAGGCGUGCUCUACGAGGACGGCAACAUCCAGAUCGGUCUCAAGACCGAGUUCCAGCGGGGCAUGGGGCGGCUGGUGCUGUACUACGGCAACACCACCAACGCGCCCAUCACCCAGUUCACCACCAUCAUAUCCCCGGUCAACUACCUGUCGAUCCAGAUCCAGGAGAUCGCCAGCGUGAUCCGGCCCAUGGCGCAGGAGCAGCAGCUGAUCAAUGUGGCGUGUCUGCACGAGUUCGCCGACGCGCUGCCGAUCCAGGUCUCGUACCUGGCCAACGGCAAGUCGGAGAACCUCUCCCUCCGCCUGCCGAUCGUCCUCACCAAGUUUGUGGAGCCGGUCCUGCUCGACGCCACCGGCUUCUUUGGCCUCUGGAAGAAGCUCGCCGGCCCGCCCUACGAGCACCAGAGUGUGUUCAAGGCUGGCGCCACGAUCGAUAUGCCCGGCAUCACCCACGUCCUCAGUUCGGGGCUACACGUGGGCGUUCUUUCGGCGAUUGACCCCAACGUCAACAAUCUGGUGGCUGCCGGCUCCCUUUUCACCACCACCAAGCAGGUCCUCAUUCUGCUGCGCAUCGAAACCAACCCUUCGGCGGGCAUGAUCCGCCUUACCAUUCGAUCCGAGAGUGGCCAGGUCACUGCCGCCAUCAAGAACCUCGUCUCGGCCCAGUUGGUCGGUUGA